GAUGAUGAGAAAAAUAUGGCUCGAAGGAUUGAAAAGUUGGAGGAGGUGAGAAAUCUAAUUUAUGGGCAAGCACUUGUAAAGCAGCUUGAGCUCAUUGACGCCCUUCAACAACUUGGUAUAGAAUAUCACUUCAACAAGGAGAUCAAAGAUAUAUUGGCCACCACAUUUGCAUCAUUGGAAAAGAUAAGCAUGAUGCUAAGCAAAAACCUUUAUGCCACUGCCCUACUUUUUAGGAUCCUUAGGGAACAUGGAUUUUAUGUCUCACAAGAUGAGCCUCAACUUCAAGAGGAUGUUGCCCAUGCUCUGGAGCUUCCUUUGAAUAGGAGAAUGCGAAGGUUGCACACUCGUUGGUUUAUUGAUGCAUAUAAGGAGGACAGUAUGCAUCCUGCUCUACUUGAGCUCGCUAUGCUGGAUUUCAAUGCU